AAACUAUUUCCGGAUUUGUCCGACAACGACUGCAGGGAAAAGCUGUCUGCUUUAACAUAUUUUUCAUUGAAACUGAAAUGCUACUAUUAUAAGCAGUCAUGGAACGAGGUAAAAAUACAGUAAGUGGAGAUAAGAACAACAGUUCCUUAUAUCCAGAUCUUCAAGUAGUGGCAAAUGAACAGCCCACAGUGGAAACCAGUAAAAGCAGGGAAACAUGGUCUACCCGCUUUGAAUUUCUUCUGUCAUGUCUGAGCUAUGCCGUUGGACUUAGCAAUGUUUGGCGUUUUCCAUAUGUGUGCUACAAAAAUGGAGGAGGUGCCUUUAUUCUUCCAUAUAUGAUCACGUUGGUUGUAACAGGACUUCCUGUUGUUUAUCUGGAACUAUGUUUUGGACAGUUUGCCUCUGAAGGUGUAAUCUCAAUAUGGAAGGUUUUACCAAUAUUUAAAGGUGUGGGCUGGGCCAUGUUUAUUGUGUCUGGUAUUGUUUGCAUAUACUAUAAUGUGAUCAUUGCCUGGACCCUCUACUACCUUUUUGCAUCCUUUGCUGCAGUGUUGCCAUGGAGUAACUGUGGUUCUUGGAGUUCACCUUAUUGUGUUGAGGACCGUAGUGAGUUGUACAACUGUAGCCGCUAUAAUGGCACUUGGCUUAACAACAAGUGUAACACGUUGGAGUCAGUCGGAGAAAAAGAGUAUGCUCAUAUACAAAAUAUGUCAAAACAAAAUGGAUCAUAUCGGUCAGCAAGUGAUGAAUAUUUUCAUGGCAAGGUUCUGGAAAUGUCAGAAGGAUGGCAUGACAUGGGAGGAGUCAAGUGGGAUCUGGCCCUAUACCUUCUGCUUUCUUGGGUCUUUGUCAGCAUAUGUUUGGCAAAGGGGAUCAAAACUUCUGGCAAGGCUGUGUAUUUCACGACAUUGUUUCCAUACCUGGUCAUGUCCAUUCUGUUCGUACGAGGUCUCACUCUAGAUGGGUCUGCAGACGGCCUGAGAUACUACCUCACUCCACAGUGGGACAAGCUGGGCAGUGCAGCGGUUUGGAGUGAUGCUGCUGUUCAGGUUUUCUUUUCUCUAUCACCUGGUAUGGGAGGACUCAUUACUCUGGCUAGCUACAAUAAAUACCACAACAACUGUUUUAAUGAUGCCAUCAUUGUGACAAUCAUCGACUGGUUGACCAGCAUAUUCGCAGGACUGGUUAUAUUCACAAUCAUUGGCUACAUGGCGUUUGAACUUGGAAAGCCAAUCUCAGAGGUCGCCGAAGGUGGAGCUGGCUUAGCAUUUGUUGUAUAUCCGGAAGUGGUUACAAAACUGCCCGUGUCUCAACUGUGGGCCAUUCUCUUCUUUUCCAUGCUUUUCACUCUAGGUCUUGGCACACAGAUAGUCACUGUGACGACAGUCCACACCACUUUGGUGGAUGGUUUUCCAGAAGUGUUCCGAAAGAAUCCUCGCUAUUCCACCUAUCUCCUGUUGGCAUUAGCCAGCUUUUUUUGCCUCACAGGUCUCGCAUUCUGCUCCAGGGGAGGAAUGUAUCUUCUUCAGCUUUUUGACAAUUAUGCAGCAUCAUAUUCUCUGAUUGUUAUUGUUAUUGUGGAGACCCUAGCAAUAUCCUGGAUUUAUGGGGCUGACCGAUUCUUGGAUGACAUUAUGUCGAUGCUGGGCAAACGGCCUAGCAAAAUCUGGAUUAUCCUUUGGCAGUUUAUCUGCCCUUGUAUUCUUACGGUCAUUCUUAUCUUCACGUGUGCAAACUUGAGAAGCUCUUCAUAUGGCGAUGUAACAUUCCCUUUGUGGGCCGAUGUGCUUGGCGGGUUGAUUGCACUCUUAUCCAUAGUGAUAAUUCCCAUCAUGGCCACACACGCUGUGUUCAAAGAAUACUUUCAUUCAAACACCACCUUAAUAAUGGCAAUUCGAAGAACGAGCCAGCCAUCAGCAGACUGGGGACCAAGGCUUCUUGGAGAUCGUAAAGCACGAGCAAAGUUCAAUACAAAUAAUUUCAGUAACAUUGGUUCUCCACCAGUGAUGGUUCUAUCUGAGACAUUUUCUACACCUUAGUAAUAAAUGACCACUGUACAUUGGAUAUAUAAUACUGCAGUAUUAAAUUGUGACAAACAGUUUGGUGAAAAUAAAAGGUUAUGUAUAUUGCAAAAAUAGAUUGUGAUAACCCGUCUGAUUAAAUUUCAAUGAUUUUGCAAUAGUUGAAUACAGUCAAACCUUUCUGCAAAGACCAUGCAUUGGAUUUACCAUAUUAAAAGUAGUGUUUUUGAGAAGGUGACCUUUAUAUAGAGAUCAUACAAGCAUUUUAAUACUGAAGGGAUGUUUACGAAUUGAUGCUUGUAUGUUUGUUUCCAUGGACUUCAGUAUUUUCAAGGAGGAAAGGAGAUAGAGAAGCUUAUUAAAGGGACUAUUCUCAGUUUGUAGCCAUGUUAAAAGGUUUUUAACAAAUAAAAUAUUUUUACAUUAUUAAAA